AUGUCGGACGUCGAAGAUCCCAACGAAUCGAUUCACGCUGACCAACCUUCGCUCGACGAGCUAGACGGUCAAGACCAGCAACGGACAAGCGAGGCUUCCGUCGCGGACGACGGAUCUGUGGACGAAGGCGCGCUUCAUAGCGAUCGGACUUCCUCUGAGAAGGAAGGCGGGGAGCUUGUCGCAGAGGACGUGGUCGGUGACGAGCAGGACGACGAUCAGCAUGACAUCAAACAGAGCGAUCAGAUCAAGUCCGAUCCUGCCUCUAGCCCUACAUCCCCCAAACCUUCGGUUCCUCUGACACCUUCAUCUACUGCUGCUCGUGCUGCAGGCACCCCCAAGACGAGCACGGCUGCCUCUGCUACGGCUCGCAGGGUCGUCGCCGGAGCUCGACCCUCUGUAGCUGGUAUUGCAGCCUCUAGACCCGCUGCCUCGGCGACUGCAGCCGCUGCGGCACGAACGGGCGCGGCAGGACGCCCCAGCGUCACUGCUGCUCGAGGAGCUUCGUCUACGACAGCCUCGAGAGCUACCGCCAAGACCACUCGUCCAGCCGUCACCGGACGACCUAGUCUAGCUCCGGGACCUACCACCGCCGCCGCACGCCCAUCCGCCGCCGCCGCCCGGCCAUCAGUAACAGGCGCGGCAAGCACUGCAGCACGACCUCCAACCUCCACAGCAGGUGCAACACGUCGUGUGUCUACCGCGCCUUCAUCGCCGGCCGCGAGCACAACCGGCGCAGCGCCGGUACGAAGACCUGUCGGUGCGGGCUCUGCGGCUGCACCAGGCUCCAGCACAGCGGCUGUGCGCAAACCCGCUGGCACCACUUCGGUUGCUGGAUCCACCACCGCGGCUGCUCGUAGGCCUCCUGUCUCUUCAACUGCGGCAACCACCUCGUCGUCCCUUGCGGCAAAGAGGGCGUCGGUAGCCGGUUCGACUGCGUCUUCAGGUGGCGCGCCUGCUGCAGCCACGACUGCAGCCCGGCGCGCGUCGAUCACGAGCAACGGUGCCGGUGCUCCUGGCGCAGCCGCGCGUCCUGCGUCCGCAGCACGUUCCAGCUUGGCUCCAGCGACGCGAUCAGCCGCUGCCGCUGCCACCCCGGCCGCGACCGCUGCUGCUAGAAAGAGCCUCGCUCCGGCUGGAUCUACAGCCGCCGCCGCUGUGAAAGAUCUGCAGGACAAGGUGUCGAAACUGGAAGCAGAGCUAGCCGAGCAGAGCGAGCAAUUGAACCUGCUCAAGUCCGACCUCGAGUCGAAGGACGAAGAGCUGCAAGCCAAAACGGUCAGCCUCUCGGCAGUCGAAGCUAAACUCGCCGAAGGAAAGGAGGAAGAAGCGAAGCUGGACGAAGGUUCUACUGCAGCCUCUUCCAAUCGAGUCAAAGAGCUGGAAGCGGAGGUGGACCGUCUUCAAGCUCAACUUGGCUCGUCCGAAAAAGAAGGCGCAGAUCAAGCUUCUCAACACAAUGUCGUCCUUGCUCAAAAAGAGGUCGCCAUUGCAGAGGCUCAGACCAAAAUCAUUGAUCUCGAGACGGAACUGACCCAGGCGCGUUCCGCUCUCGAAGCUGCAACUGGCCAGCUCGAAGGAAUGGCAGCGAUCCAGGACAAACUCAGCGCGAGCUUGAAAAAGAUCGAAGAGCAACAGGCCAGCGCGAAGCAAGCCCGAGACGAAGCUCAGUCCGCCAACAAGCUUGUUGCCGAGCUUGAGCAACGCAUUCAACAGCUGACUCUGGACCACGAGCAGAAGACGAGUGCAGGCGACGCUCAGCUCGCGGAACAGCGUCAGGCUCACGAGUCUGCUGUGGGCCAGGCCAACGACAAGGCUACCGCUCUGGAAUCGCAGAAAGAGAAGCUCGAAAACGAGAUCGUCGAGCUCAAGGCUCGGCUUCGAGAAGCUCAGAACAAAGCAACCGAGGCCAGCGAGGCUGGCGAAAAGGGCGCAUUCACCUUGGCAGAUAAGGAAACCGAGCUCACCGCUCUCAGACAGAGCCACCAAGACCUGCAAGACAAGGUGGUCGAGCUCGCUGACGUCCAACAGCGGAAUGCGGAGCUGGAAGAGCGAGUUGCGAAGCUUGCUGAAGUGGAGCAGCGCAACGUUGACCUCAAGACCCAGUCAGAGACUGAUUUCUCCGCCUUCGAGAGCAAGCUGGCUGAAGCUGUCGCUGCUGCCGAAGCUGCUGCCCUCGCAAAGGCACACCAGUCGCAUCAGCAAGAGUCAGCCUCAGUUGAGUCACGGCAUGGCGUAGCAGUCGCUCAGGCGGUCGAGCAGGCGCGCACGGAAGCGGAGCAGAAGCACGCAGCUGUCCUUGAAGACGCUAUUAGCAGCGCUCGUCGUGAAUUGUCUGCCGAACACGCCCAGCAGCUCGAACAUAGGCUAGAGCAAGCGACUGCCAAGCACGACGAAGAGAAGGCGAGAGAGGUUGACGCUGCUCGUCGUGAUGCCGAAGAGCAGCUCCGCGGGGCGCUGCAGAAGGAACACAAAGCAGCUUUGGAGGCGGCGCGAGCUUCGGAUGCUAAGCGACACGCCGAAGAGCUUUCCGCUUUGGCUGCCGCUCACGAGACAACGCUUUCGCAGACUCGUGAUGGCCAUGCAUCGGAGCUUUCGUCUCGGAACGAUGCCGCCGAAGGGCGCUUGAAGGAAGUGCAGCAGACAUUGGAGCAGGUCAGAGCUGAGCUCGCAGCUCAGGAGACCAAGUACGCUGCGCAGGUCGCCGAAGUCAAGGCCGAGCAUGAUCAGAAGGUCAUGGACGCCUAUGAGAAAGCCCGUGCCGAGGCAGGCGAUGGCCACUCGACCGAUCUCCAAAGUCUCAAGGAGCAAUCCGCCAAAACGAUCGAGCAGAUGCGCAAGUCGCACGCCGACGAGCUCGAAGCCGCGCAGGCCGCACACGCCACCGCGCUCGCUGAAGCGGACGAGCGACACACGACCGAGCUGAAACGUGUCCAGAUGGAGCUCGGUGCUGCGCAGAGCGAUCUGAAGAAGAUCAAGGAUGCAUUGGCCAAGCUUCAAACCGAAAAGGAAGCCGCUGAUGCCCGCGUCCAGUCCCUCCAGGCCGAGCUGUCUUCCGCGUCCGACAAGGCCAAGCAGGCUGCCAAGGAUUCCGCAUCGGCCAGCUCGUCCGAGACGUCGGCGCUUCGAACGGAGAUCGAACAGCUUCAGCAGGAGCUUGCCGACGUACGCAGCGCCCACGACCAGUCGCAAAACGCCUUUGUCGAGCAGUUUGAAGCCAUCUCAAACCAGCACGAGACCGACAAGAAACACUUGGUCCAGAAACACGUCGAUGAACUCGAUCAGCUCACAAAGAGACACGAAGCUGCCUUUGUGCCGGUGCGCGAGAAAGAGUUGGAGGACAUGGGCAAACUCAUGGAUCUCCAAGACAAGCUCGACGAGGCAAUUCGUGCUCGCGAUGCUGCCACCGAAGAGCUGGCCCUGAUAAGGUCCAAGGUUGCCUCUACUACGUCCACCACGGCCGCGAGCUUGCUUGACGGACAGGGCAAGGAGAAUCAGGAGAUGAGCGAUCUCGAGCGACUCCACGCCGCGCACACCGAGAAGGUAGCCACACUCUUGAAUCAGCACCACGAACAGCUCGAGCAGUUGUUGAGCGAACGCCGAGCCGAACGCAAAGAGCUCGAAAACGUCACCCGUGACCUGCAGAAUGCCAAGAGAGAAGUCGAGUUCCUCACGCGAGAACAUGAGGACGCCGACAAGCUCAAGCAAGAGGUGGUGGAUCUGGAAGAGCGACUCAAGCAGACUCUCACCAGAGCCACUGCAGCUUGA